AUGGGGCUUCUAGGACCCAAGAAACCAUACUUUGGUAUGAAAGGAGGAUGGCUGACCUUCUGGAUCACGGUAGCUUGUGCAACGGAUAUGACGCUCUUUGGCUAUGACCAAGGUGUAUUUGGUGGUGUCAUUGUCACAAGAGACUUCCUGCAGACGCACGAUCUAAGUGGUCCAUCUAAGACAAAUCUUCUAGGUACGGUCACAGCAAUCUAUGACAUUGGAUGUUUCUUUGGGGCCAUUACAGCAGUCUGGCUUGGAGAGUCACUCGGACGGAAAAGGUCAAUACUUGUUGGGGCCACGAUUAUGAGUGUCGGUGCCAUUCUUCAGACCUCGUCAUACAGUGUUGCUCAAAUGAUCGUCGGUCGUAUCAUAGCAGGCAUCGGGAAUGGUAUAAGCACGUCAACCGCUCCAGUCUGGCAAACGGAGACAUCCGCCAUUAAAUGGAGAGGAAAGUUGGUCGUCAUCGAGCUCAUUUUGAACAUUGCGGGCUUCUCGUUGUCGAACUGGGUCACCUAUGGAUUCUCAUACCUGGGUGGACCGAUCGCCUGGAGGUUUCCCCUUGCUUUCCAGUUUAUCUUUAUUUUCAUUCUCUUCGCUACCGUUCCUUGGCUACCAGAGUCCCCAAGGUGGCUCAUUGCUCACGAGUACGAGGACGAAGCUUUCACCAUCCUUGCCGACCUCGAAAAUAAGAGCGAAGACGACCCAUUCAUUUUGACACAACACAAGGAAAUCGUCUACACCGUGCAGUACGAACGGCAAAACGCUGUGAAGUGGAUGGAUUUACUUCGAGGCAAGACAAGCGAUAAGGGCGGUACGAAAACCAUACGUCGCCUCAUCUUGGGCGCUGGAACUCAAGCAAUGCAGCAAUUGUCAGGAAUUAACGUCACGAGCUACUAUCUGCCCACUGUCCUGAUCAAGUCUGUGGGCCUCGAUGAAAAGAUGGCACGACUUCUUGCUGCAUGCAACAGCGUCUCAUACUUACUCUUUUCCCUCAUUGGCAUUCCCAACGUGGAGAAGUGGGGUCGGCGCAACAUGAUGAUUUUCGCUGCUUCUGGUCAAUCAUUCUGCUACCUCAUGAUCACCAUUCUGAUCAGGUACAAUGAGAUGCCAGGAUAUGCUCAUGCGAAAGAAGUUGCAUCUGCUUCAGUUGCAUUCUUUUUCCUGUACUACAUCCAUUUUGGUAUUGGAAUGCAGGGUGUGCCAUGGUUAUAUCCAACGGAGAUUAAUUCCCUCGCCAUGCGUACUAAGGGUGCUGCAAUCGGCACUGCUACAAACUGGAUUUUCAAUUUCAUGGUCGUGGAAAUCACUCCUAUCGGCAUUCAGAACCUGAGGUGGAAGUUCUACAUCGUGUGGACGGUACUCAACGCCUCCUUCAUCCCCCUCAUGUACCUAUUCUACCCAGAGACCGCCGGCCGGUCUCUCGAGGACAUCGAUGACUACUACCGCACCAACCCGCCUCUACUGGUCUUCCGGGACAAGGACGUUACCUCCAGCAAGCGACCAGAGAAGUACCGUGUCCGAGAGGAGGAAGAAAUUCGACGAAAUAGUUCCGUCAACGCCGCCACUUUCAGGCGCCAGAGCAGACUGAGCUAUAACGCCAUGGCGGAUGCACAGCAAUCGGUUCUGCGGAGCGAGGAUCGUGAUGAUGACUACGAGGGGAAGACGGUGCAUGGUUCGCUAGAGCAGGAGCGACAUCGUCAUAAGGAGCAUGUGUGA